CUAUUGUGGCUAGCUUCACACAGGUGUCGGGUCUUGGUGCCGACACAUUAGGAGGUGUGUUGUCAAGAGAGUCGCUGUCAAGAUGUCUGACAAUGAAGAACAAGAACAGACUAUCGCUGAGGACUUGGUUGUCACCAAGUACAAAAUGGGAGGUGACAUCGCCAACCAGGCCCUGCGCAUGGUGAUUGAGGAGGCCAAGUCAGGGGUGUCUGUGCUCAGUCUCUGUGAAAAGGGAGACGCUCACAUCAUGGCAGAAACUGGCAAGGUCUUCAGGAAGGAGAAAGACUUGAAGAAAGGAAUUGCCUUCCCCACCAGCGUCUCAGUCAAUAACUGUGUUUGCCACUUCUCUCCCCUGAAGAGUGACCCUGACUACACACUUAAAGAUGGAGAUCUGGUCAAAAUUGAUCUUGGAGUCCAUGUUGAUGGCUUCAUCUCAAAUGUGGCUCAUAGCUUUGUUGUGGGAGCUACCAAGGAGGCGCCAGUGACCGGGAAGAAAGCUGAUGUGAUAAAGGCAGCUCAUCUGUGUGCGGAGGCAGCCCUACGCCUUGUCAAGCCUGGCAACCAGAACUCAAAGGUGACAGAGGCUUGGAACAAGAUCGCUCAGUCAUUCAAAUGCACAGCCAUCGAGGGUAUGUUAUCUCAUCAGCUGAAGCAACACGUCAUCGAUGGAGAGAAAACCAUCAUUCAGAACCCCACAGACCAGCAAAGGAAGGACCAUGAGAAGGCAGAGUUUGAGGUGCACGAGGUCUACGCUGUUGAUGUGCUGAUCAGCACUGGUGAAGGGAAGGCCAGGGAUGGAGGCCAGAGGACCACCAUUUAUAAGAGGGACCCCAGUAAGCAGUACGGGCUGAAGAUGAAGACCUCCCGCAUGUUCUUCAGCGAUGUGGAGCGACGCUUCGACACCAUGCCCUUCACUCUCAGGGCAUUUGAGGAUGAGGCCAAAGCCCGCCUGGGCGUGGUGGAGUGUGCCAAACACGAGUUGCUACAGCCUUUCAGUGUGCUCAAUGAGAAGGAGGGAGAGUUUGUGGCCCAGUUUAAGUUCACAGUGCUGCUAAUGGCCAAUGGCCCCCAUAAAAUCACCAGUGGACCCUUUGAGCCAGAGCUCUACAAGUCAGAGCACGAGGUGCAGGAUGCAGAACUGAGGACUCUGCUACAGAGCACAGCCAGUCGCAAAACACAGAAGAAGAAGAAAAAGAAGGCCUCCAAGACUGUGGAAACCACUACUGGACAGCCAACUGAGGAAAGCAACAAGGCUGCAGAUUAGAUGCCUACCUGUCUUCAGCCACACUGACACGCACACACACACACACACGCACACCAUAUAACAAACUUAGAAAGUGAAUCUAAAUAUUUCCCAACUGUUAGCUCGUUUUGACCCUCAUGCCCUUUUCUAGUAUUUGGCCCAUUGAAUACAUCUGAGAGAUUUGGAGUUGAGCCUGUUCGGAAUGCUCUCAAAUCUGUUGAAUUCUUUUUUUUUUUGUAGCCAUUCAGUUGAAUCUAGAGUCUGAAUAAGAGUCACACCCUUGUAACACAUAUAUAUGGAGUUUAUUUUACAUUGAUACUUAACUGGAGUAUGAGAUUGGGGAAACACAUUUUUGGAAUAUGAUGGAUAAAAAACCUUUUCUAGCAUUGUGUUUUUACACCUUAUCGUUAGGUGAUGUACCUGACUUCAGAAAUGUUGCAAUCUAUAGGUGAAGUGUUAUAAACUUUUUAAAUUAAAAAUGUCAAUACAAAGUAGAAGUUUUGUUUUGAUUAACUCAAUUUUAACUGGAUGAUAUUUGUUGGAAAAUAAUAGUUGGGUGCCAGUCACACUUUUUAAAAUAAUUCCAAAUCCAAAUGAGCCGACUUGGUACUUCUAUUGUACAUGAAUGAGACUUGAGUUAGCAACUCAAUCUUUUGGCCUCGAGUCAUAUUUUGUGUUGCAAUUAUUCAACAUGACAGUAUUGAAAGGUUAAAGCACAGAAUUUCGAAGACAGAAUUCUUGCACCAACACCUGAAGAGUUACUAUUAUGGGAACAAACCCUGCUAUACUUACUGCUCCCCCCCCCGGUAGGGGAUUUUUAAGGGAAUUGUGUCGUGCUGUUCAGUUUAAAAAUCAAUUUUUAUUUUCAACAAUACCUCAUUUUUAUCAACCAAAUUAAACAUUUUAGUGUAGCUUUUAAACAAAGUGUCUUAAUUCAGAACUGCUUGAAAUCAUAUUUUAUGCAAAUCAGUUUUUCAACUAAGUGAGAGCAUGUCAUUAAAUGGCAAAAAGCUAAAUUGACAACA